AUGAACUUUAAUCAGUCCAUUCUUCUUCCAAUGGGCUAUGGAUUAAUUUAUCCAUAUAAACACUCCGAGACCAUUACACAUCGCAACCAUUUAAUAGAAAGCCCUCAUUUAUACAAUGAUACUUUUAAGCUCGGAUAUAUAUCGAAUUACUAUGGAAGGUCGAUAGACGGUAGAUGUGUUAGGCAUACUUCAGUUAAUUCUUUAAAUUCUCUUGAUAAUUCAGUACCAGAAUCCGGUGAAAAUCACAAUAAAGAUAUUAGUUUAGAAUAUGUCCGAGAUUCUAAUGAAAAAGCGACUGAAAAAACAGCUGAAACAGCCGAAAGUGACAUCAAUGAGGAUUUAUCGAACCUGAUUUCAGCUCAUACGGAACUGUUAGAAAAGGGCCUACCCGAAGACGAUCUUGCCAAAUAUGAUUGGUUUGAUGACGAACCCGUUGAUUCAUCCGAUGAGGAGCUGAUUACUGAAUACUACGAGUCAAAGAUGCCUGACUAUAAAUCCAUUUACAGACACUUGGACCCUGUUGGCAUAAAAAAUUACGUGCCGGACACCUCCAGUUCAGACUUGUGCCUCGGCAGUGUUUAUGAAGUCGGAGAGUCUCUGAUCGAUGAGAACAAUAAUUCCAACACAUACACCCGAGAGGAAAUAGUUGAAAAGUCCACCAAGAACAAAGAGCAGGUGGAUAGACUACAGAGGGAAUAUGAUGAAAACAUCAAGAAGAAACUUGAGUCAAUAAAGCGACAAAAAGAAAUUGAGGGAGAAGAGCUUAAUCAUUUAGAAAAAGAAGAGGACGAGUUUGACGAAAAUUAUGAAGGAGUUAACGAGUUCGAUUUCGGAAAGGACUUUGUGCGAGACUCUAAGGAUGUGGCGAUUGAGGACGAGAUGUGCAGGUUCUUUUUGGAGGUUCCGCUCAGGAGCUGGGUGAAGGAUGAAGUGGAGGCAUACCGAACUUCUUUGAAAAAGCUUGAAAAAUCACUAAAGUACUACACUCCUAUGGAAGAAGAGAGGUUCGUAACUGAUGUCAGGAGUGUUUUCAAAGACUCGCCGAUGACAACCCUAGGCAUAUUUGAUAACGACGAACAGGUUAACUUUGAGGACGAACGAGUGGAUCAAGCCCGUGAAAUGGAUUUUGAUGAUCGAUAUAAGGUGCCCAAAGAGAAGGUUAAAGGACUGCACGUAAAGGAGUACAAACACAACGACCUGCUCAAUGACAUCGAUAAGUAUGAAAAAUCGGAGUACCCUCAGAUAAUUGAAUCAAUCUCCGUUCGUGAUGAGAAUCAGCCAAUAUUUGUGCUAGAUCCAGAAAGGAGCAACCUAGAUAAAAAGAGGAGGCGCAAAGAGGCCCUGAAGGGCGAAGACAUUAGCGAAUCCAUGUUGAAGGGCAAGUUACGAGUGUACAUGGGAGUCCCCAAGAAUUUCAUCAGGUUUGAAGAGCUAGAUUCAGUUACUAUCAACGACUUCGUUGCCUUCAAGCGAGAUUAUGAUAUUUGCGCCGGGAAGGUCAUCGAGAAGAUUCCGCUGAAGGACGAAUACCGCACAGCCACGGUCAUUCUACCGAACCAGGCCGGCUACACUGAUCAGAACAUACGCUAUCUUGCCGACGAACUGGCAAUCAACACCAAGGGCCUGGUCUUCGUCCCAGACAUCCCAGUCAUCGAUAACGAGGAGUGGUACUUUGGCCUCUUAAACAGGCUCUUGAAGCUUAUACAAAGCGUUUACAAGGUGGAUCGAGUGUGCUUAGUGGGCUUAGGUGAGCAGGGGAACCUCUUACUCAACUACGUUGAACGUUCAAUGGACAAAACAAUAUCGCAAUACCAAUCGGCCUACUUAAACUCCUGUAAGGCCACCAAACAUGCUCAACAGGCCAACGACGAGGCCAGCAGUAGCAGUCCUGACGCUAAUAAUAAUAACAGCGGCGGCACAAGCGGACUAAAUGUGAGAAGUGAGGAUGAAAUGGGCGAGUUUUUGGAAAAAUUCAGCACCAAGAGGGCCGAAGAGCUGAUUGGACGGCAGUCCAUACCUUUGAUUGAUGAGCUUCUCGACGGACUGAAAAACAUUAAACUCAGCCAAAGUCACAGGACCGCAAUGAAGGAGAAGGACGCAAACAUCAUCAAGCCCGUUUCCAGGCUUCUCCAGUCCGUUGUGCUAUAUGACACUUGCAAGAUCGACUUUGAGAGGCUGGUUGGUCUGUCCGUUCCCGCCAUGGUCAUCCAGUCGAAUAGGACAAAUCUGAUUGACCGGGUCCUAUCAUCCGAUUCUCCGCGCUUCCUUAAGCAAAGGGACAAAAGGGUGUACGAUCCGAUGUUCAAGGGCGUCGACAUGUUCCAAUACGCCGUUACAGAUCCUCCAGAGAAGCUCAAGAGUCUGAUUAACAGGGAAACAGGGUUUCGAUUCAUUCCAUCGGAGCACAAUGCGAAAAUGGAGGCUGAGCAGUACUACAUUACCUCAUUCCACAGGGGGAUCGACAUCAUGCUGUAUGUAUUCAAGAAGGCGUCACCGCACUUUUAUAUGAAGAAGCCAAACUCGCCAAAAUCAGAAUACAAGGUACACUUUUAUUCCACAUUCACGUAG